UUUAGUCUGUAAGUUAACACGGCGAGUGCGAUCGCAGGAAAGAGCCGAGAAAAUCGUAAAGCGGUGCUCCAGCCUAGAUGCUAACUCUUCGGCGGAUCGGCCCCGAAUGCGAGCAACUUUUGAGAUCGGUCCACGGCAGACCCAAAAACCAGUGAGAGUCUCCGGACCACUCCAGUUCACUCAAUUUCAAUUUCAAUCUCCAGCUCAGUGUCAGUCUUCCUCUCCCUCUCACUCUGCGAAAGCGGAAAGAAAGUGAAUUGAGUGGAGAUCUGGGUGAUUACUUAAUCCGCGUCCGCCUCUACGACCAGGCAUCGAACCCUGGCUCCAAAAUUCCAAUUCGGAGGCGCAAAUUAAUGGCCCAGACCUAAAGACCCUACCCCGCCCCGCGACCGUUGACAGUUGGGCGGAGAAAAGCAAAGUAUUUGAAUAUUAAAGCUAGAUCCGAGAGAUACAACACAUUUGCCCGAUAUUUUGAUUUUGAUAAUUUAGAAAGCGAAGCUGCAUACCAAAUAAGCUAGAGAUCUAGAGAGACCCUCUGGAAGACCAACCUCGGUCAGUUGGCUUUCAGUUACAGCUCGAGAUCGGAGGUUAUUGCAUAUAGCGUCGACUUGCUUUCCCCGGUUUUCGGUUUCGUGCCUCCGAGACAUCUCACAAAGUGCACUUGCAACUUUUACUGGUGUCUACGAAUUCACGUGAAAAAUUACAAUUACAAAUCAGUGAUAAUGUUACGCCCCACGCUCGUCAUAGUGCUCAUCUCAUUGGCCAGUGUCGACUCCGGACACAAUACGCCCGUAACCAAAGUGCCGGUGGCCGUUCCCGUCAGCAAUGUUCCGCACGGCUUCCAUCUCAACCCAAUCAAUCACGUCAGCAGCAAUGGCAGCGAUGUAAUGGCCAAUAUUGGAGGAGCCAAUGGCCGUGAUAAGAGAGGCGCCCAGCUGGAUCAGAGCGAGAUCGCCCGCCAGAAUCAGAUAACCCAGCAGAUAUUUGCGAACUACUUGGAACGCCGGCUAUUUCCCAACCGCACGGGCAGCCAGAAGAUUCCCACCAUCGCGGACAUCCUGCCCAAGCCGAAACCAUCGCCUAGACCUCGUCCUCGAGGAUUUGCUGCCAAUGAUGGGGGGAAUCUGAGGAGGAGCGGCGGUGGAGCCCAGAGGAAUCGCCUGGCUGCUGCUUCGGCCAAAAGGCAAAGCAGCUACAACCGCAAACGCCUUCAGCAGCAGCAGCAGCAGCUGCAGGAGGAGGAAGAGGAGGGUGAUGACGAGGACACGGAUCAGCAGCCCCAAGCUAACCAGGAGGACUUCGACUACGAUGUGCAGGAGUCUCUGCAGAGCGUGGAGUCUGAACAGCACGAUCAGUACUACGGCAACAUAUUCCAUCGGGAUCCCAGCGAAAACGAAGUCGAUGCGGACUGCCCCAACUGCGUGGACGAGUCGCAGUACACGCCGAACAAAUGGACGAUGCCGCUGCUGAAGCUCGGGGAGAAGCGCUACUACCUCGGCAUCUUCUUCAAGGCAAACUGGUUCAAAGCCACACAAUAUUGCCGGUACCACGGCAUGCAUCUGGCCAGCAUUUCAUCACAGGAAGAGAACGAUAGACUGGAGAAGCACAUACGUGACUUUGGCCUGGGCCACGAACAUUUCUGGAUUUCCGGCACGGACCUGGCCGACGAGGGCAACUUCUUCUGGAUGGCCACCGGGCGACCCAUCACAUUCACCAACUGGAACGCCGGGGAGCCGAACAAUUUCCGGUACGAGAACGGCGAGGAAGAGAACUGCCUGGAGCUGUGGAACCGCGAUGGCAAGGGCCUCAAGUGGAACGACUCGCCGUGCAGCUUCGAGACGUACUUCGUCUGCGAGGUGCAGCCCAACUAAAGGGAUCCCUGGACACCCCAGAAUCCGUACUCCACAUGCGAUAGUGAUUAGCUAGCUAGUUGGGCUGAGCUGGCAUUGGCCGGCGAAAGUUUAAGUGAAAGUGGAUGUGAAUGUCGAACACUCACAGCUGAACGAUCCAAGUUCGCGUAUUCUUAGCUUAGGGCGUAAGUGUAAAGAAAUUCUCGUUGAUAAUUAGCUAGUAAACCUAAUUAAAUUAUGCCUAGGAUUGCCUGUAUUUUCUCAUGUAAAAUAUAAAUAAAAUGUAUCAUACAAAUUA